UUGUACCAAAGUUAGUCACAUGCCUUAGAGCAUUUAAUGGCUGACACCGACAGAUACGAUAUGUUCACUAGUUGUUGGACAGAGGGGGGCAGAGAGAGUGUGUGUUGUUCCAUACAAGGGAGUGUCUUCUCUGGCAAAGAUCACUAUUUUCUGUGUAUAUAUAUUUUGGUUGCAUCACUCAUCGAGAUCCUGACUGGAGCACAAACACAGCUGUAAGCAGCAGCAGCAGCGGUGGGAACAGCACUGUGCCUCAGGUGCCGGACAAGCAUGAAGAACUUUAUGGAAUGGUUUUUCACUACUCUCGGUGCUGUCGUUUUCAUCUACUAUGGAGCGAAGCUGCUUCUUUUUACAAGGAUGCUUUAUCCCAAAAGGUGGUUUCCGGUGCCAAAGUCUUUCUUUUUGUCCAUGGGAGAAUGGGCAGUGGUCACCGGUGCUUCAGAGGGCAUAGGAAGACAAUACGCCUUUGCGCUGGCUGAACAUGGAAUGAACGUGGUGAUUAUGAGCAGAACCAAAGUGACUUUGGACAAGGUGGCCAAGGAAAUAAGUGAAUCUACACAACGGGUGGUUAAAGUGGUCGUGGCAGACUUCACCAACGACAAUAUCUUCACUGACAUUGAGGAGCAUCUUAAGUACUUGGAUGUCGGUGUAUUAGUCAACAAUGUAGGCAUGGUGCCCAGUGCGGUCCCUCGCAGAUUCCUCGAAGGUGAAGAUCUGGACCAGACAAUCACGAGGGUGAUCAAUUGUAAUGUGAAAACCAUGGUGAAGAUGUGCAAAAUAAUCCUCCCGGGCAUGGAAAACAGGAGAAAAGGUGUGAUAGUAAACAUUGCAUCCGGAAUUGCCAGCAUUCCAUUUCCUAUGUAUUCGCUGUACUCUGCAUCCAAAGUGAGUAUCGUUCAACCUCUCUUUGGCUCCAAACGUGUUGUUACUCUCAUUAAACUGUGCGUAUCACUUUUGCAGAUAUUUGUGGAGAGAUUUUCUCAAGGUCUUCACGCUGAGUACAAAGAUAAAGGCAUAAUUAUACAGGCAGUCACACCUUUUGGGGUCUCUACUCGCAUGGCGGGCUACCAGAAAACCAACGUGACCAUGCUGUCCCCGCGGGAUUUUGUGGAGAGCUCGCUGCAGUAUAUCAGAGCUGGGGACAAAACUUACGGCAGCAUCUGUCAUAUGUUGCUGGGCUGGUUACUACUCUCUAUCCCACUCAAGAUUCUCCAUUCAGACUUUAUGCUACAAGGUAUGAAGGACUACGUGGAGAAAAAACAAGCAGAAAAGAGAUCCAGAGCAGUAAUAAUGGAAACCUAAAGGAGGAGGAGUGUCAUAACAGUGCCGAGUCAAAUACAUUGACAGUAGAAUGUCCAAAAUCAGACAGAAUCGAUUGUGAUGUUGGGAAUAUGUUUUCCAGUUAGAAAUCAUGUAAAGUUGUUGCAGCUUCACUUAAGAAGUUUUAACGUGUAGUGCAAUAUUUAAUGAGGCCACUAGAGGGUGCAAAAAGGCAAGUCUUUGGAUGAUACCCGUUGUGGCUGAGGACAGGAUUUGUGCUUAUGGAUAUUAUAUAUUAUAUAUAUUAUAUAUUAUAAGUCUGAGACCUUUUAGAAGAAGAAUUCUAGAUUUGUUUUUGGUUGGUGCAGACAAGAAAAACAUUGUCAUGGGUUCAUGCAUAUUUGGGAGGAUUCUAUUGAAUUGGUUCGCACUAACAAAAGCAAAAAUGUAAAUAAUGAAACUCAGUAUUGGUAAGGUCAGAGAAGUACUUCAUUUCACUGUUUAUUUUACUGUGAUUUUAAUUUGCUGUGGUGUAUUACUUUAAUAGAUGACUCUAUACUUAAUGUGGCUGAAAUAUCUUUUUCACUUGCAGGUAAAGCAACUAAUAUGAAAUCAGUGCACAGAAUCAUAGACCAGUAACGUCCAACCACUGCACUAAAAAUUAUUUAAUUUUGUCUUAUUUGUAUGCUAUCCCAUCCCAACCUCCUUCUAUCUAUUCAACAUAGUAUACUUCAUGGCAUACUUUAGUUUGCUUGUUUGUCAUGAGAUCUGAUGUAACGUGCCUUGGCUACAUUAAGUUAUUUUUUUUUGGGGGGGCAUCAUUUGAUAAGCUUGUGCAGGUAUGUAUGUUGGGUAAAAAUAAGUCAGCUACAUCCCAUGAAACAAAACUUAAUUGGCAAAGUUUUUGUCUCUACUGUACUUUACUUUAAUGUGAUGCUUACAUGGGGAUUUCCAGGUGUGUGUAUGUUUAUAGCGUGUAUAGCUGAAAUAAAACUUUGUUACUCCUCUUACAAAAGAACCAAAGGUGGGAGGGGAUUUUUCUCACCUCAAGUGCUCUGCAAUUUAGCGAUGCCACGACUUUGUGCUACCUUGUAAUUUACCAUUUUUUCAAAAGCGACUGAAUAGCACUUUUAAUCAUAGUACUUGUUCACUCACAAAAUAAUGUGCAAGCAUCCCCCAACCACCAGGCUGUUGCAUUGCACUAAUGGCUUUAUUUGUAUAAAGGGAUUUUUUGACUAAUAAAUAUGGACAAAAAUA